AUGGUUUCGGUCCCACACCCCACACCAACUACAGAAGGUGGCAUGAGUUUAUCCUCCAUGUUGCUUUGGCCACUUCAUCGGAGCUUCGAAGUAGUCCAAGAUCACCGAGCAACAUUGAUGAAAUGCGAAAGCCCAACUGGUUUCCUUGUUUCACAAUGGGCAAAGAUCAUGUGCUUACCGCAGUUUGCGGUUGCUCCAGUGCUAGGCUGCGUCGGAUACCCAACUAGCAGCCUUUUCUUCGCUGCGCGCGUCAGCGCCAUGGUUGUAGUUGGUGAGCUUGACAAAAGGUUGCCCGUUACUCGGGCACUGGGACUCUGUCAUCUCGUAACUUUCGGCCCUCUUUUUGCCUACAUGAUAGCAAGCGGACACUGGGAGUGGAAUGAUAAGGCUGGAAGUCAUGACAACAUGAUCAUUGCCUCUUUGGGCUUGUACCCUUGCUACAUCCGCGAAGCCGUCAUCGCCAAGAAGCUUGACGUUGAUGAUCCAGCUGCCCAUGCACAAGUGAAAGGAUGGUGGAGUCGACUAGUUGGGCCUUGA